ACUUAUAUUUGCGCGUAUUUUAAUAUGUAUGAUGAAUAUUCACUGCUGCCCCAAGUGGACAUCAGUUGGAGCCAAGAAGUAAUCAUUAAGAGUUAUCUCCCAUGGCUUUUUCAGCUUUUUCUUCUACUUAUACCUCAAAAAAUCUUAUUUGUAACCGAAUAGUAAUCAUUACAAUGACUAUUUAUGGCAAAUUUAAAGUACCGUUGACUCAUUUUUAAGCAUUGCUUAUUCUGCAUUCCAGAAUAUAAAUUUUUAGUUUUUAUGUAGAAACGUAUUUUUAUAUGAUGGGUGAUUUAUAUUGAAUGUUUUAAUGUUUGCAUCAAUUCUGCAAAUAUGUGUCUGAAAAUUUGUUGCCAUAAUAAUUAUCGUUGUCUCUUAUACAACAACACACACAAUCGAUAAUGGUAAACGUGCCAUAAAAUAAAGUGUAAUACAUGGCAUUUCAGUUACUUAGGACGAUAUAUUGGUCAUACGAUUAUAUAGGGUAGUUUGUUUACUUUUUAAACCUUUUUAUCAGGACGAAUAGGCAGUCAAAGAAGGACUUUGUUUAUUAACUGAUUAUUUUAUUUAUUAUUAGUUUGUGUGAGUGAUCUGCAAACUCAUUUGUAGGAAAAAAUUGAAUUCGAAAUGUUGAAAGCUAUUACUUUUGAAAUGGAUGGUAAAAAGUCAUCGGCGAUAUAUAAAAGUGGUGGUACACUGGGAAUAAAACACAUAGAGUUCGUUGAAAACGUCAUAAAAAUGCAUGAUAAAUUAAUUUAUUGCCUGUUUACAAACUGCAUGUUAAUGUCAUUGUAAUGUAUGCGAAUCGCUGGCUAUACGCAGCUAUAACAAAGUACCAGACAGUAAUGCUUAUUACUGUUCGGCUAAAGGCAGUGAUGUUAAUAACUAGAAGGUCUUCACGUUGUGUUUGUUCAAUAGACUUCGUUUUGCACUAACAAAAGUUGUUUAUGGGCUACAAACAUUCAGGAUAUCUCCGUACAAAAUUGAUACCUGAAACAAUAAUCAUUACAGUUUAGAUUUUAUUAAUAACAUUGCUAAAGCAAUGUGCUCAUAGGAAUUUAAUGUAAAUGACACUUGAAAAAAUGGCUUAUGCGUUUUUUCUUUGUAUUUUGUUAACUCCAAAUUCUGUGUGGGCACUAUAAAAUUGUUCGAGACAAGUGCUACGAUGUUGCGCUUAAUAGUAAAGGCUAUAUUUUUUUUUCAAUUAGACUAAUCUGUCUUUUGCUGUGCAUAUCAGUAGCUUGCUUGAUCACUUAUCGAGUACAUGUUUGGUUGAAGCAUUAUGACAGUUUGGCAUCAAAAAUGAUUAUUUCAGCUUAUGAGGAUCAUCAAAGUAAUUUGCCAUUUCCUUUGAUCAGUAUCUGUAAUAUUAAUCCAGCAAGGGGAACUAAACUGUACAAUAUUCAGUCAGCUGAGUCUCAGGAUCGUGGUGUUGAUUAUGAAAUUUUCUCGGAUGCUUUUCAAGGACGUUCAAGUGAAAACCUCCCGGAAAGCAAACUUAAAGUGCCAAUUUUCAAGCUCAUGGAGAAAGCAUCUCAUCAGAUAGAUCAAAUGUUAAGAAGCUGUAAAGUUGGUCAAAGACAUUGUUCCGUACUGAAUUUUACAAAGAGCAUUCUACCGAAUGGCGCUUGUUAUACGCUAGCUGGCGAUUUAACCGGCAUAGACGAAAUUCAAUUAGUGUUAGAUCCACAAAGUUACGAUUAUUUGGUACCGAAUCAAGGAUUUAUUGGCUUUCGCAUUUUACUACAUGGAUAUGGUGAUUCCUUAUGGGCAUUAAUACCAACUGCUGUUUAUGCUGGUCCAACAUUUCAUACUAUGUUACGUGCAGUUGGCCUUAAAAAGAUUUAUAAACAACAUUGUACAAGUCAAUCAAUCUGGGCUAGCUGUAUGCAUGAUUGCAUGCAAGAAAUGUUAUUAGAAAAAUGUCAUUGUCAAUUGCCAGAUUGUACUGUUUUUGAAAUGAUGAAAUGUGGAUUAACUAUGAAUUCAAUGAUCGAAUCUCUAUCACCAGUUCAAUGUCGAUGUCAUAAUCCCUGUGAAGCGAUAUCUUAUUCGGUAGAAUCCAUAACCCAAGCAUUAAAAUCCCCAUUAUUAUUUACACAUUCUCUAAGUCUAUUUACUAAAAUAAAUCAAACCAACUUUCAAUCAAACAAUAAUUUUCAACUACUUACUGAUCAACAACAAUUUAAUAACAAAAUUAUAUCGAAAAACCAAAAACCGACAACUGUUUCUGAUGACAUUAGUGAUUAUGAUCCUAAUAACAAUAAUCAUAAAAACUCUAAAGAAUUGAAUAUAAAUCAAUCGGAACAAUUUCUGCAUAUUUACAGAAAAGAGAUUUGGGAUGGCUUACUCCUUCAAACAUGGGCAUUUCUACGCGAAGCUAAUCGUACAGCAUUUGAACAGUUAAGACAACUUUCUCGUCUUUUACAAAGUUUAAAUUUGGAUUUACAGACAGUAGAACGUGCAGUUUAUAAAGUUCAUAGAAAACAUAGAUUCAAUUUAGAAGCUACUGACCUAAUGCUUUGGGAUAGCGAACGUCUAUCAACAAAUAAACAUCCUUCAGAUCAAUCUAACGGAUUAUGUACGGAUAGUGAAGAACAUUCUCGUAUGCUAGAAAGGGUUAGCCGUUUAGGAAAGGAAUUUGUCCGCCUUUUUAGACAAAGCAUUUUGUUUCGAGAUAUAACAUUAGUCCCAGGACUAGAUUUUCACAUUCAUCUUGUUCGUCUGUUUUUUUUAAACGUCGUCGAUGAGUUGGAUCGUCUCGCUAAUCAAUUAUUACACAACGACCUGUUUUCUGAUGUGACAAUGCUUGAUUUACAACGUAAAACAAAUCAGUGCAAGCAAACUAACAAUAAAUUAAUAUACAACGAUACUAGUUGGGAAAAUCAGUUAGAACAAUCACAGUUAAUUGUUGCCAGUGAAGAUAUAGCCAGUCUUCAAGCUGUUCUUCUAGCUACCGAUUCGCAGUUCAAACAAUUAAGAAUGGUGUUUUCUAAAUUAGUUUUGGAUAACCGUGAAUUAAUUGAAACUGUCCCAAUUAAGCGGGCUAGUUUAAACACUAAACCAGAUAGCUUGAUCAGCACCGAAGAAGGAUUAGUCAGUGUUACAAUACAGCUGACAAGAGAUAAAAAUCGUCUUAUACGUUUGGAAUCAGUACAGGCAAUUUAUAGUCCAAUCGCUGAACUAUUGGAUCUAAUAGUAUCUGGUUUAUUGCUUGCAUUUCUAUCUAUCUUCCUAUUAAAUAUUUGUGUUUCACACCCAAACAAUUCAGAUUCGUGUUAUUAUGAAUGCUGUUGCUGUUGUUCCACUCUCGUAAAUAAAUCUACUAAUUCUAAAUCAUGUGAAUCACCGAAAUUGGUUACUCAUACCACUUUACCUACAGCUUCAUAUAUUAAUUGUAAUACAGAUAGUGGAAGUUCUAGUAAACGUCUGCCAAAACUCAAUACUAUCCCAUAUAGAAAUUACAGUGACUUAAUACCAACCGAUAUUUUACAGAAAAAACCCACAGUGAAUUCAGUUUAUUUGUUUGAUUCACAUCAACAAGAUGGAGUCCCGAUUUCAAAUAAAUGUAUAAUAACAGGAUUACCAAUUACCAGUAAUAAGCCAUGUGCGAAAGGUUUUGGAGAGAAUUGUCGACAUAAUUUCAAUAUGUGUCCAAAUGAAUCAACACAAUAUAUAACACACAAUUUACCUACUUUACCGGGAUCUUCAGUGACAUUACCGAAAUGGGACAAUAAAGUUCUUCAAAUUGAUGUGGAUGGUUUUAACUGCAUGGACGUAUCUGAGCAUUCUACCACUGAAUGUGAAGGUGAACAAUCACAUGCGAACACAAAUCAACAUUAUUCAUGUCAUCAACAACAAUCACUUCCACGACAACAACAACAACAACAGCUAAAUCAUCAACAAAACGGUGUCAACGAAUCCUGUAUUAGUUUUUGUGAUUGUUUGUAUUCCAUAGAAGAUAAUACAAAAGCAGAUUCUGCAUCGUGUUUAAAUUCAAGUAAACUUUUAUUUUGUAAUAAUCAUUCAAACACUAUGAGAAAUUGUUCUUCUAUUAGAAAACCAACUGAUAUUAAUUAUAGUAAAAAUGAAAUGUUAAAUUGUUUAAUAGUAACACCACAACUACAGGAUACAACAUUUAAUGAAGUUACACCAAAUAUUGUAACAACACAUCAGUUACCAUUCAGUGUUGAUUUACUUCAGUCGUCGCAAUUAAUAGACGAUAAGGCAACACUACCAGUAAACACAUCACAUUAAGAUAGACUGUCUUAGGGAGUACAAAUAUAAUCGGUAUAUCAGAGUUAUGUAUUAGGCACAGUUUUAAUAACAGAUCAGAAUAAUAUUCAUGAUUGUCAAUGUGCAUAAUGUAUAAUCAUGAAAUUCAACUUUAUUCAUUUUUCAUUUCUUGAAAGUAUCCCAUUUUAUGUAUCACGGAAAUGUAAUUACUCAAUAAAGCAUUUGAUGUAGAUUUACUAUUCAACUUGUCAUUUGUAUUUUGGAUUCAUACAUUCCCUUCACUAUACACUCAUAAACACAUUAAAGCACAUAGUUAUUUUAAAGCACUUGUUACUUCUCCAAAUAAACAUUCUGUCAAAAAAAACUUCUAAUCAAUAUGAACACUUUUUUUUAAUAGUAAGUGAAAUAAAAAACUUUCAUUUUGUCUUUCACACAAUGACACGAUAUACACUCCUUGUUCAUAAUUUUAUGUCAAUGUUUCACUUCAUCUUACUAAUUUUUUUUACAAAAAAAAUGAUUUAUUGAAUGUUUUUUAUUUGUAGAUUUUAAAUUAACUAUUCAUUUCCAUUGUAAAAUUCUAUAGAAUGAUAUUUCUAACAUUAUUAAUAAUAUUAAUGUAAUAGACCAACAUUAUUGUGAAACCUGAUAGUGAAAUACAAUUAAAUUUUCAUAUGUC